CACACGGGGGCAGCAGAACACUGCUUACACUCUCAGUAUUAAUCAGGUCUUACAGCGGUUUCAUUGUUCCUCAGGAGAAAAUAAAAACAAAAUUGUUUUGAUAGAAAUUAUUUUCGUUUUCUUUUUUUUUCGUUUCUUUUCUCUUAAUGAACAAUCUAGAAACCAGAUUCAUCUGUGGUUUUGAGAAGAUUUAUUUAAACGUGGAGUUGAGAUGAUUGUGAUUAGAUGAUUGUGAUGGAGAGGAACAAGCUGAGAGUGAUGGUGAGAUUAGAGGAAAGGUCAGAUCAUCAUGAUGGGAUAAUAAACGUCAUGGUGAAAUGAUCACAAUGCUCGGAUGAAAUUGAUGGUUAAGAUCAUUAAGAUGGUCAAAUAAAUGUCCUCAUGAGAUGAUGAGAGUGAUACGCAGUUAAGAGCGAUGCUGAGAUGAUCGUGAUUUUACGAUGAUCAUGAUGGUGAGUUGAAACCGAAGGUGAGAUGAGAGCGAUGGUGAGAUGAUCGUGGUGGUGUUAUGAGACUGAAGGUGAGAUGAGAGCGAUGGUGAGAUGAUCGUGGUGGUGAGAUGAGACCGAAGGUGUGAUGAGAGCGAUGGUGAGAUGAUCGUGGUGGUGAGAUGAGACCAAAGGUGAGAUGAUCGUGGUGGUGAGAUGAGACCGAAGGUGAGAUGAGAGCAAUGGCGAGAUGAGACCGAAGGUGAGAUGACCGUAUAGUUACAGUAGUUGAGAUGAGAGCGAUGGUGAGAUGAUCUUGAUAGUAAGAUGAUUGUGGUGGCUAGAUGAUCGUGGUGGUGAGAGGAUCGUAGUGGUGAGAUGAGAGCAAUGGCGAGAUGAUUGUGGUGGUGAGAUGGUCAUGAUGGUGAGAUGAUCGUGAUAGUGAGUUGAGUUGAGCGCGAUUGUGAAAUGAAAUUGAAGGUGAGAUGAUUGUGAUGGUGAGUUUAAAGUGAUGGUAAGAUGAUCAUGACUGUGAGGUGAACGUCAUGGUGUGAUGAUUGUGAUCAUGAUGGUGAGAUAACUGAGAUGUGAGAUGGUGAGAUGGGAUUUGAGCAGAGUUCACAGAUCAGAAGGAGAUGCAGCUACACACACUGAGGUACUAAAGCGCCGCUGCAUCGUUCACUUUGAUACAUUUGAAGAAAAAACACUGUGUCGGAGAUGAAGAUCGCCAUCAUGUCCAUCAUGAAGGUCGUUCGGGGGGAUUUUGAUUUGAAAACCUUGCCGCGUUUUGCGUGUGUGUGUGUGUGUGUGUGUGUGUGUGUUUGCGAGCGCGCGUGCGCUACUCACUACGAACGCUUACCGGGGCGCGCGUACGUCGACCCACAUUGUCGGGCAGAUGUGUGCGCGCUCUCGACAAAAUUCCCCGCCCCGGCGCGCCGUUUCCGUGACGUCACCGGUUUCACGGACAGCUCGAGCGCUCCGUCGGUCGCUGAGUCGGUGGCUGCGUUGUACGAGAGAGGAAGAGAGAGAGAGAGAGAGAGAGAGAGAGAGAGAGAAAAAACUGAAGAAUAAAAAAAAAAAUCAGGGUUUCCUCCAGGACCAGGUGAAGAGCAGAGAGAUCCUCCAGGGUCCUCGCGGCGCGUGCACGAUGAGUGUUAGCUAGCCCGCUGAACAGGAGACACUUGAAUCCCACCAGCAACCAUGAAUGGUGGGUUUAAUAUUUGGGCCAUAACCCCAGAAGAGAGAGGGAAGCAUGACAAACAGUUUGACUCCCUCAGUCCCACUCUGGGAUAUGUGUCAGGAGAUCAAGCACGAAAGUUCUUUCUGCAGUCUGGACUUCCUGCUUCAAUACUGGCUGAGAUCUGGGCGUUGGCUGACAUGGGGAAAGAUGGAAAGAUGGAUCGUCUGGAAUUUUCCAUUGCCAUGAAGCUGAUUAAGCUGCAGCUCCAGGGUCAGCCCCUCCCCCCGUCCCUGCCAAUCAUAAUGAGGCAAACCCCGGUCCCUGUAAUGAUGUCAUCGGCGCGCUUCGGCAUGGGCUCGAUGCCAAACCUGUCUAUCAUGCCACCAAUGCCCCUGUUGACCCCGAUGCCUGUCGGGUCCACCGUAACCUCCAUGACUUCUUUGACCUCUAUGCCAGCUGUGCAACCUCUGCUGCCUCUGCCUCUGGUCCCUGACUCGCUCAGCAUGCUGACUUUACCCAACGGCACUGCCACGGUGCUCGCACCCGCCCCAGCUCUCUCUGUGUCUUCAGGUCUGACUAAAUCUCACUCCCUCUUGGACUUGGCUUCCAGCAGCUCAAACUCCUCCUCCACCACCUCUCUCGCAAGCAACUCCCCCAAAACCGGGACGUCGGAUUGGGCGGUGCCUCAGUCGUCCCGCCUCAAGUACCGCCAGCAAUUCAAUAUCCUGGACAAGCUGAUGACCGGAUACCUGUCAGGUCCGCAGGUGAGAAACGCCCUUAUUGCUUCUAACCUCACCCAGACCCAACUUGCCACUAUUUGGACUCUGGCGGAUGUAGAUCAUGAUGGUCAGCUGCGAGCGGAAGAGUUUAUCUUGGCUAUGCACCUUGUCGACAUGGCUAAAACGGGCCACCCGUUACCUUUGACCUUACCUGCUGACCUUCUGCCACCAUCUUUCAGAACAGGGAAGUCAUGUGACCUACCGAACGGGUCCGUUCCUCUGAUUGGCACUGAGCUCAUCGAGCCGGAACCUGUACACAAGAGCAAGAAUAACGUGUCUUUCGAGGAUAAACUGCGGGAGAACUUCCAGCGAGGCAGCAUGGAGCUGGAGAAGCGGCGCCAGGCCCUGCAGGAGCAGCAGCGACGUGAGGAGGGGAGGCGGAGAGAGGAGGAGCGAUGGGAGGAGGAGAGGAGGAGGCUGAGAGAGAGGGAGGAGCAGGAGCGGAGGGAAAGGGAGGCCCUACGUCAACAGAGAGAGGAGGAGCAACGCGUUGAGAGGCAGAAGGAGAUGGAGAGACAGAGGGAGGAGGAGAGGUUGAAGAAGCUGGAGAGACAGGAGGCGGCAGAGCGACAGAAGCGGAUGGAGUGGGAGCGCAGUAAACGGGCGGAGCUGCAGGUUCAGGGUGAAAAGGAGAAACGAGAUAUUGAGAGACUCACAGCCAGGAAGCGGAGUCUGGAGCUGGAGCUGGAGGCUGUGGGCAACAGGCACAAGCAAAUCUCAAACUGCCUCCGUGAUGCCCAGAGCAAAAGGCGGGUCCAGAGGGCGGAGCUGGAACUCAUUAAUCAGAAGAGAGACGGACGGAUCGCUGACAUCAACUCGCUUCAGCUGCAGUUCGAGGAUGUUCAGAGGCAGCUGAGUAGUCUGGCUCCAGAGAAACAGAAAUUGUCGGAAAAACUACGAAACCUCACACAGACCAACACUAGCUGUGCAGGAGUGAUUGACGUGAAGAGGAAUAAGUGUGAGAAGGAUCUGAGUUGUCGGAAGCUGAAGGAGCAAUUGGACGCACUGGAGAGGGAGACCACAGCCAAGCUGUCUGAGGUGGAGCGCUACAACCGGGACAUGAAGUUAGUGGAGAUGGAUGACUGUAUGCUUCAGGGACUUCUGUCUUUGCUGGGCUGUCUAACCAAUCUCUUCCUUCUAAUCAAGGAGCUGAGAGAGAGGCAGCGGCAGCAGCAGGCCGUGCUGGACCAGCUCAACCGUGUGAAGUUGGAGAAAGUGAAGGAGCUGCAGAGACAGAGGCAGGAAGAAGAGGAGCAAAGGAGGCAAGAUGAAGAAUUGGCCAGGCAGGCCACGCUGGAGCAGGAGCGGCUGCAGAAGGAGGAGGUCGAGCGCCAGAGGAGGUUGGCUCAGGAGAGAGAAGCCAAGCUCAGAGAGGAGCAGCAAAUUCAAGCCCAGGCCCGACUCCGCGAGGUGCAAGAAAAGGCCGCACAGCUGGAGAGGGAGGAACGACAGAGGGAAGAGAAGAGAAGAGGAGAAGAGAGAGAGAGGGAGGAAAGGAAAUGGGCAGAAGAAAAAGAAGGGGAAGAGGGACAGCGGGCAGAAGAGAAAGACAGCAAGGAGAAGGAAGGUGAUGGAGCUCAUGAGCGAGGGACCGAUUCCGUGAACAGCGCUAACGUUGAUCUUCAGUCACAGCUCUCUGCCCUGUUGAACAGGACAGCAAAUAUAACGAGUACAAGUGUACAACCGAGUGGUUUCGAUGUUCAGGGCAAAAAGGCAACGCUGAGCACCUACAGGGCGCUUUAUCCAUUCACCGCUCGCAACUCUGAUGAACUCUCGCUGGAAGCAGAUGGUCUAAUUGAGGUGGAAGAGUCCACGGUGAGGGAGCCUGGCUGGCUAUAUGGCACUUUCAGAGGCAGUAGCGGCUGGUUUCCUGAGAGUUAUGCUGAGAAAAUGCAUAAUAGCGAUGAUACUGAUUCGACAGCACAGAACACAGCUCCCUCUAUUGACUGCUCUGGGAUCCCUCGAGUGGAUAUAGAAGGUCCGACACCCACACACACUCCUGCAGAGACACACACGCACAAUGCACAGGCUGUAGCUCUGUCUGCGUGGACAGCUACCAGCGACACACAGCUCGGCUUCUUAAAGGAUGACAUCAUCACAGUUCUGGAGCAGCAGGAGAGCUGGUGGUACGGGGAACUUGGGGAGAACCGAGGCUGGUUCCCCAAAACCUAUGUAUUAAUGAUGACCAAUACAAACAGCACACACACCGAGCCUUUGUAUUCCACUGUUGAUGAUCUAGACCUGUCCGACUCGGCCCUCCCUGAAGAAUACGUGGCUCUUUACACGUACGAGAGUCCCGAAUCGGGUGAUCUGACAUUCCGAGCCGAAGACGUCGUCCUGGUGAUGGAAAAAGAGGGAGAGUGGUGGAAAGGCUGCAUCGGAGACCAGACAGGACUCUUCCCUUCCAAUUACGUCAAACCCAAAGACUCUGACUCUUCCAAAGCUGGUGUAUCGAAUAAAAAACCAGAGGUUGCACAGGUAACGGCAGCCUGUACUGCCAUGACGGCAGAACAGCUGAACGUUACUCCGGGGCAGCUCAUUCUUGUUCUCAAUAAGAACUCGUGUGGCUGGUGGUUGGGAGAGCUUCAGGCUCGGGGUAAGAAGCGUCAAAAGGGCUGGUUUCACUCCUCAAACGUCAGACUGCUGGAGCCCAACAGUGGUAAAAGCACUCCUGCACCCCAACCACUGUGUCAAGUCAUCGCCAUGUACGACUACAAAGCAGCCAACGGGGAUGAGAUGACAUUCCAGAAAGGUCAGCUGAUCAACGUCCUCAACAAGGACGACUCUGAUUGGUGGAAAGGAGAAAUCAACGGAGUCACCGGACUCUUCCCGACCAAUUAUGUUAAGAUGACUACUGAAUCUGACCCCAGCCAGCAAUGGUGUGCGGACCUUUUGAGCUUAGACUCCAUGAGUUGUGAGGAGAGGAAAAGGCAGGGCUACAUCCAUGAACUCAUCGAGACGGAGCAGACGUACGUACAGGACCUGGAGCUGGUGCUUGAGGUGUUCUACAAACCCAUGGCCGAGUCGGGCCGCUUGACCGAGGUGGAGAUGGGUGUGAUCUUUGUGAACUGGAGAGAGCUGAUCAUGUGUAACACCAAACUGCUCAAAGCUCUGCGUGUGCGCAAGAAGACAGCAGGCGAGCGCAUGCCCGUGCAGGUGAUCGGAGACAUCCUGUCCUCUGAGCUUUCGCACAUGCAGGCCUACAUCCGCUUCUGCAGCUGCCAGCUAAACGCAGCCGCUUUGCUGCAGCAGAAGACAGAUGCCUCGGCCGAUUUCAAGCUCUUCCUUAAAAAAAUUGCAACUAAUUACCGGUGUAAAGGAAUGCCGCUGUCCAGCUUCCUGCUCAAGCCCAUGCAGAGGAUCACGCGCUAUCCGUUAAUCAUCAGAAAUAUUUUGGAAAACACUCCAGUGGGACACGUGGACCAGGUGAACCUCCGGGAGGCGCUGGAGAGGGCGGAGCUUCUUUGCUCACAGGUUAACGAGGGCGUGAGGGAGAAGGAAAACUCUGACCGCCUUGAGUGGCUGCAGAACCGCGUGCAGUGCGAGGGGGUCAUCGAGCAUUUGGUCUUUAACUCCUUGACGAACUGCCUUGGUCCUCGCAAGCUGCUGCACAGUGGGCGCGUGUGGAAGGCGAAGAGCAACAAGGAGCUGUGGGCCUUCCUGUUCAGCGACUUCCUGCUCUUCACCUACACGUCCAAGCAGUUCUCCUCCAACACGGACCGGCUGUUCAGCCCCAAGUCCACCACCGUCUACAAGAUGUACAAAACGCCUGUGUUUUUGAACGAAGUCCUGGUUAAAAUGCCGUCUGACCCCUCGAGCGAAGAUCCCAUCCUGCACAUCUCGCACAUCGACCGCGUGUACACACUGAGAGCUGACAGCAUCAACGAGAGAACCACAUGGGUCCAGCGAAUCAAGGCAGCAUCAGAGCACUUCAUAGAGACGGAGAAGUUGAAAAGAGAGAAAGCUUACCAAGCUCGCUCGCAAAAAACAAGUGGUAUUGGACGUUUGUUAGUGACAGUUCAGGAGGCUGUGGAGCUGAAACCUUGCAAACCCAAUGGUAAGAGUAACCCUUACUGUGAGCUGUCUAUGGGAGCACAAUGUUACACCUCACGGCCUCAGAACGACACCGUGAACCCUAAGUGGAACUUCAGCUGUCAAUUCUUCAUCAAGGACCUGUACCAGGACGUCCUGUGCAUCACCGUGUUCGAGCGCGAUCAGUUCUCUCCUGACGACUUCCUGGGUCGCACCGAGGUUCCCGUUGCGACCAUAAAGAAAGAUCAGGACGGCAAAGGUCCCUUGACUCGGCGUCUGCUGCUCCACGAGGUCCCCACCGGAGAGGUCCGAGUCCGCCUCGACCUGCAGCUUUAUGAACAGACGCCUUUUGUCUGACCUUCGUGGAAUGGAUCCUUUUUUUU